UGGAGAAGGAUGGAUGUAAGCUUAAUUCAGGGGACUAAAACCAGGGCAGCACGCAGCCAAAUAGUACAUUUUUGGGCUGAAGAGGACAGCUCUCCAGGGAUCUGUUUCUCUUAACCCACAGCAGGCAGAAAUGUGUUGAUUAGAAAACUCCCAAACCAAGUAGGUUACAAGUCUUGGAGAACUCUAAAGAGGUACCCUGGCAACUGCUCUUAGGAAAUCCAGAAAUAAUAUUAACUCUUCUCCUUCCAGCAAACAGGUCCUCCCUUUCGGUCACUGUCCGGCUGUUCAGAAGCCUCUCCAGAGGGCCUCUCCAGAAGCUUUAGGUUGUUUUCUCUGCUUCUCCGGCCCUCCCCUGCAGGUUCUCCCAAAGGACAGCGAGAAGUGGGAGGAGCGCGGGCUAGUGUGACGCAGCUUUUGGGGGAGAAGGAGGAGAAAAGUGGGGAGGGGGUGGGGGUGAAGGGCUUGGAGAGAGUAGGCGAUGGAGAGACCGGCGCACAGACACACACGCGCGCGCACAGACAGAGAGAGCAUCAGCUCCCGGGGUUCUGCUCUACACCAUCUGUUUGAAGGGCUGCAGAACGCAGCUGUCUGAGCUCCCCGCACCCAGCGGCCGGCAGGUCGAAGGUGAGAGGUAGAGCAGGUAGGCUACGGCCCCCGGAACCUGGAGAGGACGAAACAGGGAAGGAAUUCUCGCACCCAAUCUACUUCAGGGACCCCUACCUGAAGGAAGAGGGGAUCAGAAGAACGGAGAGAGAGGACUAACUGCAUCAGCGGAGCUGACCCAGAGAAGAUGCCACAAUUUGUCUUUUGUCUCCAGGAUCCUCUAAGGUGAAAACUGUUUCACUUCAAGUUCUUUGAACUGAUUAGGGGCAGUCCUUUGUUACGAAGCAGCCAUGAAUCUGGAGUUUGAGCUACUCAAUGACAGUUUUUUUUAUCCCAGUGGGUCAAUGGUAUCUGCAAACAACUCAAACGUAACUGAUCCAUACUAUGACCAGACUAGCAAUGCCAUUCUCACCUUCAUGUACUUCAUGGUCUGUAUCAUUGGGCUGUGUGGCAACACACUGGUCAUUUAUGUCAUCCUUCGUUAUGCCAAGAUGAAGACCAUCACCAACAUCUACAUUCUUAACCUGGCCAUUGCUGAUGAACUCUUCAUGCUGGGUCUGCCCUUCCUGGCCAUGCAAGUUGCUUUGGUCCAUUGGCCCUUUGGCAAGGCCAUCUGCCGGGUGGUUAUGACUGUUGAUGGUAUCAACCAGUUCACCAGCAUCUUCUGUUUGACUGUCAUGAGCAUUGAUCGUUACCUGGCUGUAGUCCACCCCAUUAAGUCAGCCAAGUGGAGGAGACCCCAGACAGCCAAAAUGAUUAAUGUGGCUGUAUGGGGACUCUCCCUGCUGGUCAUCUUACCGAUCAUGAUAUAUGCUGGUCUCAGGAACAACCAAGGGGGAAGAAGCAGCUGCACCAUCAACUGGCCAGGAGAAUCUGGGGCAUGGUACACAGGGUUCAUCAUCUACACCUUCAUCUUGGGGUUCCUAGUGCCCCUUACAAUCAUUUGCCUUUGCUACCUAUUUAUCAUUAUCAAGGUCAAGUCCUCUGGAAUCCGAGUAGGUUCUUCCAAGAGAAAAAAGUCAGAGAAGAAGGUCACCCGCAUGGUAUCAAUAGUCGUGGCUGUCUUUAUCUUCUGUUGGCUCCCUUUCUACAUUUUUAAUGUUUCUUCAGUCUCAGUUGCCAUCAUGCCCACUCCAGCCCUCAAGGGCAUAUUUGACCUUGUGGUGGUACUUACUUAUGCCAAUAGCUGUGCCAACCCCAUCCUAUAUGCUUUCUUGUCUGACAACUUUAAGAAGAGCUUCCAAAAUGUCCUCUGUCUGGUCAAGGCGACUGGCACAGAUGAUGGGGAGAGGAGUGACAGCAAGCAAGACAAGUCCCGAUUGAAUGAGACCACGGAGACCCAGAGAACUCUCCUCAAUGGAGAUCUCCAGACCAGCAUCUGAACCUUCUCUUCCAUAAAGAAACUUUCUGUUCUGCCCAUUGGCUAUAGCCUUUUCCUCCCAUCUACUUCAGCCUUGUCCUGGAGAAAGAAGACAGUUGUCUAAGAUGAGAGAAGAGUAUUUGAACCUGCUUUGUCUGAGUACAUGGUAAUGCCUACACUAAAUUGAUUACCUCCUCACUUAAAGCGAACAUUUAAUAUGCAGGCAGGCUGUUCAAAGUAUGGUUGGAGAAAAAAGGAUUUACUUGGAUAUGAUUUCCAGGAAUGCUAAGACUCGUCAAAAAUAGAGAUUUGUAUCUGUGUGUUUGUCUUUCAAAUAUGUUAUGUGACCAUGUGUUAUUAUAUGAGUAUUUGCAUCCUACAAAUUUAUAUUCAUAUUUAUAUCUAUUCUCUAUACAAUCGCCUAAAUUCCUUGUGUUUGUGUAUACAUGCAUCCCAUAGACAAUGUAUGUAGUAUAGAUGGAUGUCAAGUGAAAAUAUGUACACAGCUAUGUAACACUUUACUGAAUUCAGGCAAAUCAUUUUUAAGCCUGAGGAAUGGAAAAGCAAAAACCUUUCGAAGAACCAGAACAUAUGUUCCCAUGUUCUGUCUGACAUACUCCAAGGAUUAUUUAUUUAUUCUAGUGAAUUUAAGCAGUAGUAAUUGUUGAUUACUGUAUAUUUAUUAAGACAAACACGUCUUUGCUAGACAACUGUGUUUCUCCAUCUCCAGUUGGGAACAAGAGUGGGAUGGGAGUGGACAUUAUAAGGAAAAAUUUUAAAUGGGCCAUGAUUCUUAUGGAGAUCUCUUUUAUGUGUCCCUACAGUGGAAAUUAAUAAAAAAUGAAGUAAAGAAAAA